CAGGUAACAUUAGUAUCUAAAAAUGAAAAUCAUGUUCUUAUCAAAUUUACUCCUGCAUCUUUGUAAGUAUGUUGAACUUUGUGAUCAGAGCUUUUACACUUCCUUUCUGUCACUAUCAGAGACAUGGUUGGUAUAGUUACUGAAAGUGGCUGAAACUCCUCCGUACUGUUGUGAAUUGGCUGAGGUCUGUGCUCAGAGUCCCAGUUUACAAACAGUACUGUUUGUUUGGGUUUUUUUUUUUAGUAUGAUGCUUGGAGUAAGAUAUAGGAAACAUGGAGUACAGACACAUGAAAUGCAUGAAUGAUUCAUGUUUUAUAUCUGACAGCAAAGUAUCAUUUAAGGCCCUAUUCUGUAGGAGGUAAUCCAUAUGUUUAUGUACAUUAAAUUGUGAAUUAUGUUUUUGCCAGUAAAACCAAAUUUUAUUGAGAUUUUUUUCUUUCCAUUGAGCAAUAAAGUACUGUUUCAUUCAUUGCAUGUGAUGAUUAAAAGUUAAGGGCAGAUUAUAAAGAUAGUCAGUUGGCCACUCUGCAACCCCUGAAAUUGUGGUUACUUUUAAAAACAUAAACUUCUUUAAAGAUUUGGGAAAACUUGUCAUCAUAGUUACAAACAGUAUUUUCUUACUUAAUAUUCCAAACUGGAAGAUGUCCUAUUUAAAAUAACAGAGAUGUUCAGUACCAUAAGCAAUACAUAUGACUGCAAGAAACAUCCUAGUGUAAAUUCCACAUGGGAUAAAAGCAGGACUAUGCAUAAGCAGAAUUUUAGCUCCCCGUGCUUACUAUUACUUAACACUUUUAUAUGCACUAGUUAAAUCAGUGGUUUUAUUUAAUAUUGAAAUAUAUCAAAUAGGUUUUAUUUGUCAAUUUCUGACAUUAGUAGCAAAUUUCGUAUUGAAUAACAAAGCUACUGUCUAAUGUCCAAAAGACGGACUUUGUAUGGACUGUCAUUUUAGUCAGAUAAGUUUUAUGGAAGUAAAAGCAAAAUAAAAACUAUUUUUUGGGUAGAAGAGGGAAACAUAAAAUGUAGUGAAACUUUUCUACCCUGCUGUGCACUCUUUCAUGUUAAUAACUACACUAACAUUGCUUUCACUUAAUUUAAUGCUGGUUGCCUUUAACACUUACUAAACAGUUUUGAAAAUUACUGUAGCUUAGCCUGAGACGUUUGUGAUUAGCUGCACCAAUUUGAAAUGGCCAAUUUGGAUGAUGACAGAACCUCCUCUGCGCAUGCUUUUUUAAAAUUUGAGGGUAACAGAUUGUCUGGUUCAAUUUAUGAGCCACUUAAAAGUAUUAACCUUCUAAAACCAGAGGGGGAAAGUCUGUGGGAUAAAUUAGAUCAUUAUUAUAGAAUUGUUAAGUCAACGUUGCUGCUUUAUCAAAGCCCCACCACAGGUCUGUUUCCUACAAAGACAUAUGGGGAUAACCGAAAGGCAAAAAUACAUGACAGUCUUUACUGUGCUGCAUGUGCUUGGGCAUUAGCACUUGCUUACAGGCGUAUUGAUGAUGACAAGGGAAGGACUCAUGAACUGGAGCAUUCUGCUAUAAAGUGUAUGAGAGGAAUUCUUUACUGCUACAUGCGUCAGGCCGAUAAGGUUCAGCGGUUUAAGCAAGACCCCAAACCGUCUGAAUGUCUUCAUUCUGUUUUCAGUGCAAACACUGGAGAUGAGGUCUUCUCCCAUAAGGAAUAUGGUCACCUUCAGAUAAAUGCUUUGUCGUUAUUUCUCCUCUAUUUGGUUGAGAUGAUCUCUUCGGGGCUGCAGAUUAUCUACAACACAGAUGAGGUUUCCUUCAUUCAAAAUCUUGUGUUUUGUGUGGAAAGAGCCUAUCGGGUACCAGAUUUUGGUGUCUGGGAAAGAGGAAGUAAAUACAACAAUGGCAGUCCAGAGCUGCAUUCAAGCUCUGUAGGGCUGGCAAAAGCAGCUUUAGAAGCAAUUAAUGGUUUCAAUCUCUUUGGAAAUCAGGGCUGCUCUUGGUCUGUUAUAUUUGUGGAUUUUGAUGCCCAUAACCGUAACAGACAGACUCUCUGUUCAUUGCUACCUCGAGAGUCAAGGUCUCAUAAUACAGAUGCAGCUCUUUUGCCCUGUCUUAGUUAUCCUGCAUUUGCUUUGGAUGAUGAGGUUUUGUUCACUCAAACACUAGAUAAAAUUAUGAGAAAAUUGAAAGGAAAGUAUGGGUUUAAGAGAUUUCUGAGAGAUGGAUACAGAACAGCGCUGGAGGACAAAACACGACGUUAUUAUAAACCAGCAGAAAUUAAGCUUUUUGAUGGCAUUGAGUGUGAAUUUCCUCUGUUUUUUAUUUUCAUGAUAAUUGAUGGAGUUUUUAGAGGAAAUCCUGCACAGGUAAAGGAGUAUCAGGAUCUUCUGGAUCCUUUGCUUCAGCAUACAUCUGAAGGAUGUCCUGUUGUACCCAAGUAUUACUAUGUGCCAGCUGAUUUUGUUGAACUGGAAAAGAAGAACCCUGGCAGUCAAAAACGGUUUCCUAGUAACAGUGGACGUGAUGGAAAGUUUUUCUUGUGGGGACAGGCAGUUUACAUCAUUGCAAAACUCCUGGCUGACAAAUUAGUAAGUCCUAAAGAUAUCGACCCUGUUGGACGUUAUAUACCUCCACAAGAUCAGAGGAAUGUUAGCAUGAGAUUUUCAAAUCAGGGUCCUUUAGAAAAUGAUGUGGUAGUACACGUGGCCCUGAUAGCAGAAAGUCAGCGCCUACAAGUUUUUCUGAACACAUAUGGAAUCCAAACUCAGACCCCCCAGCAGGUGGAACCAAUUCAGAUAUGGGCUCAAAAAGAACUUGUCAAAGCUUACUUCCAUUUGGGAGUCAAUGACAAAUUGGGAUUAUCUGGAAGACCAGACAGGCCUAUAGGAUGCCUUGGAACAUCAAAGAUUUAUCGAAUACUGGGAAAGACUGUAGUUUGCUACUCGAUCAUUUUUGAUCUAAGUGAUUUCUACAUGUCUCAGGAUGUUAUGAUGUUGAUUGAUGACAUUAAGAAUGCACUGCAGUUCAUUAAGCAGAAUUGGAAAAUGCAUGGUCGUCCACUGUUUGUUGUACUUAUCCGUGAAGACAAUAUAAGAGGGAGCAGAUUCAAUCCAAUAUUAGACAUGUUGGCAGCCUUCCGAAAGGGAAUUGUUGGAGGAGUAAAAGUUCAUGUUGACAGAGUACAGACAUUAAUAUCUGGAGCAGUUGUUGAACAACUUGACUUCCUAAGAAUCACUGAAACAGAAGAGCCUCCUGUAUUUAAGAGUUUGGAGGAGUUGGAUCUUCCAAAACAUUCAAAAGUCAAGAGACAGUCUAGUACUCCAAAUGCUUCUGAACUGGAGCAGCAACCAGAUGUAAAUAUUAAUGACUGGAAAAACAAGUCAACAUAUGAGAUCCUACAGAAACUGAAUGACUGCAAUUGCCUAGCAAGUCAAGCAUUACUCUUGAGUAUAUUGCUUAAAAGGGAAGGACCGAAUUUUAUCACCAAGGAGGGUACUGUUGCUGAGCAUAUUGAAAGAAUCUAUAGAAGAGCUGGCAGCAAAAAGCUCUGGUUGGUGUUGCGCUACAGUGCUGCAUUUGCACAGAAAUUUUCUUCUUCUAUAACCCCACAUAUUACUACUUUACUGGUACAUGGGAAACAGGUGACGCUUGGAGCUUUUGGCCAAGAAGAAGAAGUUAUUUCUAAUCCCUUAUCCCCAGCAGUGAUUAAGAACAUCAUUUAUGAAAAAUGUAAUUUGCAAGAUGAAAGAGAAGCUGUAGUUCAGCAGGAACUUGUCAUACAUAUUGGCUGGAUCAUCUCAAAUUCACCUGAACUUUUCAGUGGCAUGCUGAAGAUACGGAUUGGAUGGAUUAUCCAUGCUAUGAAGUAUGAGUUGAAAAUCCGUGCUGGGGAUAUGCCAGCAAAGGACUUAUACCAGAUGUCCCCUAGUGAAGUGAAGCAGCUUCUGCUGGAUAUUCUUCAACCACAGCCACAGGGGAGAGGCUGGCUGAACAGAAGACAGAUAGACGGUUGUCUCAAUCGAACUCCUGCUGGAUUCUAUGAUCGGGUGUGGCAGAUCUUAGAAAGAACCCCUAAUGGUUUAAUAGUGGCAGGGAAAUUUCUACCACAGCAACCAACCUUAUCGGAUAUGACGAUGUAUGAAAUGAAUUUUUCCCUUCUAGUUGAAGAUAUGCUGCAAAAUAUUGAUCAGCCGGAAUAUAGACAAAUUAUCGUAGAGUUAUUGAUGGUUGUAUCUGUUAUUUUGGAGAGAAAUCCUGAGCUAGAGUUCCAGGACAAAGUGGACUUGGACAAAGUGGUGCAGGAAGCAUUUCAUGACUUUCAGAAAGAUCACAGCAGUCCAAAGGGAGAUGAAAAACAAGAUGACAUGACUGCGUUCUACAACACUCACCCAGCUGGAAAAAAGGGAACGUGCAGCUACUUGAGUAAAGCUGUGAUCACUUUAUUGCUGGAAGGGGAAAUGAAACCAAGCAAUGACGAUCCUUGUACCAUCAGCUAAAGCUUGAAGCACAACAUAGGAAGUGUUGCUUUAUUUAGUGUUCUGUGUAUUUUUCAUGCAUAUAUUAUAAUACUGUUUUGAAGGGUAACCCUGGCUAGUAAUACAAAUGCACACUAUCCUUUGCUCAAAGAAGUGCCAUUAAAGAUACUAAGUGCCACCUAAGUUUUUCCUUUCUCAACUAUGAAGCAUGAAACUCUUGAGUACAUGAAGCUAGUCAUAUGAUAUUUGAUUAAGUUGAAUGGGAUUGUACUUAUGAUCUUAAAUUUAACAUAGUAAUUUCAAGAGAAAUGCAGUAUGAGAUUUUGACUUUAUACCUCUAUUUAUUUAUAAUUACGAACAAGUUUAUUGUAAAGUCUAAAUGAAAUACAGAAAAUACCAUGAUUAACAUGAAUACCAAUCAGUGUGGAAACAGGAAAAUUUGAUUAUUUUUUAUUAUUCUACACACACACACAAAUUAGAGGCAAAAAUUCAAUAGUUGUUAUUCUUUAAAGUUUUUCUGUAUCACUUCAAUUGAUGGCGUACAUUAAGGGGUUUUUUUGGUUUACCAGUCGAUAACUUGAUAUGCAGGUUUCAUCCUAAUACAGCAACUUUUUAUCUCUAGCAAUAAAUAUCACUGCACUUCUGCAAUUUUGUUUAAACAUCUUUAAGUUAACAAGGGAAACAUAUGCUAAGAAGGUAAAAGUUUGCUUAAUAAAAGGUCAAACAAGCUGUAUUUAAAAUUUACUUUAGUGAAGAAAAAGCUUUGUAUUACAUAAACUAUAAAUGCAUUAAAGAACUCAAGAUACACUUAUUUAUCUCCUAAAUGUGUGAAAUCACUGUAUGCUAUAUGCUUUAUUUUAGUGAAAGUAAUAAAAGACAAAUGCUUGUAAAAAAACCUGCCAAUAAAAAUAAU